GUGUGAUUUGUGGAAGUUACAGAUUACUGAAAACUGUGGUUAUGCAGCACUGACUCUGUAUUCAUGAAUUGUGUACUUACACAUAUUGGCAAAGAUGCUAUUUUGGGUAAUGGCAGUCUUUGCUAGUUGGUUAUUAUCUUCUGGCAGUAAAUUAAUAGAUCCACUCUAUUAUACAACUAAUUGAUAAGAAUCAGUAACCUCAUUUGAUGCUUAUAAUGGGGUAAAAACAUCUUAAUAACAGGUAUAUUGAGAUAUAAUUCAUGUAUUGUACAAUUCACCUAUUUGAAAUGUGUAAAUUGCUUCGCCUGUGCGGAGGGAAGGCCGAGCCCGAAAGCGAUGCCUGAGAUGGCGCCGCCAUUUCUCCCGCCUUCUGUCUCUGUGCCCCGCGCCAUGGUGGGCCAGGCUGCCCGGAGGGGCUCGGCCUCAGUGGUCCCUAGGAGCCACUACGAAGAGGGCUCAGGGAAGAAUCUGGUGUUUUCUGUGGGAAGCGAGCAGAGGCUGCUGGCCACGAUGACUUUGUGUUUUGGUUCUGGGCUUGCCGCACCCUUCCUCAUCGUCCCACAGCAGCUGCUGAAGAGAUGGGGCGCUUUGAGAUGAUGGUGUUUCAAGACGUGCAGUCUGCGGAAGAUGGAUCAAGCUCUUGAACUCAGAGCGUACUAGAUAUGUUUGUAAAUAAACUUCUGACAUGAA